AUGACUGACAGACUUUCAAGAGCAUUUACACAGGAAAAAGCUCAGAGUUAUGGUAUAACAGGGUUCGUAAAGAACACAUCCGACGGCAAAGUUGAGGGCGAGGCUCAAGGGAACGAAGAUGCCUUGCAGAAAUUCCUGAAGGAUAUCAAUGAAGGUCCGAAAAAUGCACAUGUUGUCAAAGUGGAGAAGUCGACCAUAGACACCAAAGAUGGAGAAUCUUCCUUUCAGUAUUGA